UGAAAAGAGGGACAGAAAGGGAGGUGCGAACAGAGAGAGAAAGAUGGAAGAAAGGGUAGCAAGUUGGAGGAACGUUGGUCUACGCUCGGUGGGGAGUCCAGCGUGCACCGUGCAUCCAGUUGUAUACCUAAAUGCGUACGGCACUGUUUUAAUAGUACACACGCGUAGUCACGGCCCAAUGAAUUGAUCCCGCGAGGUGCAUCCCCCGGAUAAAAAAGAUGUCGCGCCAUCUUUGAGGGCACUCCCGCUUCCAGAGGGCUAGCGCGCGCAUUUUCGAUCGUGGACCGUCACCCAGCGCAUAGGUUUUUCUCUAAGCAAACGCGCGUGUUUAAAACAAGUUUUGAUUAAGAAUGAAAGAAUCAUUAAAUUAUCGCCAUAAAUCGUUUAAAAUUGCCGCUAAAUUAUGGGACCGAUAAUGUUAAGACCAAUGAAAAAAUAAAAUUUGAUUAUCGUAAAAUUAUUAUUUAAAUAAAUAUUGAGAUAUGUAAUAUUCCAAACAUUAAAUGUUUAUAAUUCGCAAUAUUUUAAUAUGCAGUGUUAACACAGAAUAACUGUCAGCUCUGCGUAAGAUGGUUUAAAAAAUUAACAUUGUAAAAGUGUCAUUUCGAUCGCGUUCUUGAUGUAUAAUCGAAAACGAAGGUUUCCGUUUACAUUCAUUGAAGUUCCGUCGGGCGGAUAAAGAUGUGUGUGAAAGGAAGUGAACAGUAAUUUUUUAUCAAGACUUACUUAGAACAGAUCGUAAUUAACACGAAGUACUUUCAGUUGUAGAGUAACAUUUAUAAUUAAUUACAGAAGAGAAAAAAAAAGUCAGUAGAAUUAGUUAAUAUAUAAAGAAAUAACAAUAAUAUUCGAUGGAAUUCCGUGAACGAUUGAAGUGCGUCAAGUACCGACGGCUUGAUCAAAGUGUUCGCUCUUUGAGACACCCCCGCUGCCAAAAUUACUUUCGCACCAAGGGUGACUAAUUGACUCUUCCCGGUGAAAUACCGGUGAGAUUAUGGGUUUAUUUAAAGACAACAAUUCCACUUCAGACACCUUAGAUCUGAGCUCGCACAAUCACUAUCCUCUGAACGACAAUUCUAUCGCUAGCACGUCCGGCCCGCAGGAAGUCGUAAUGAAGGAGAAAAGCAAGAAGGCAGCGCGUAUCCGCCGCGACAGGGAGAACCAAGAAUUUUUGGAGCUGGCAAAGUUGUUGCCCGUACCGGCGGCCCUCACGGGGCAAAUGGAUAAAGCCAGCGUUAUUCGAUUGACGACCAGUUACUUGAAGAUGCGAGCAUUGUUUCCAAACGGGCUCGGUGAAGAAUGGGGCGCUUCCCAGCCAGGCAACAUCUCCCUGCAAAUCGCCCUCAAGGAGGUGACUAGUUAUAUUUUGCAAGCUUUGGACGGUUUCGUGUUUGUCCUGGCUCCCGAUGGCAAAAUUAUGUACAUAAGCGAAACUGCAAGCGUGCAUUUGGGAAUGGCACAGGUGGAAUUAACGGGGAACAGUAUCUUCGAGUACAUCUACCAGAACGAUCAUGCUGAAAUGUUGUCGGUUCUAAAUCUACCACAGAGUCCAGCAGAUCUGGCUAGCUUCACUUCUGCGAACUCGAGAGGGGAGAUCGAGUUGGAACGUGUUUUUAUUCUGAGGAUGAAAUGCAAUUUGGCGAAGAGAUGUGCAGGACUAGUCACGGAAGGAUACAAGGUGAUACACUGUUCCGGCUACUUAAGGUGUGUCGUGGAAGGGCCAGUGGGGUCGGAAUACGAAGACGGUGCAGGCCGACACUGCAUUCGAAAAGUCGGUCUACUGGCAGUUGGCCAUUCCCUACCGGGACGUUGUCUAACCGAAGUCAAACUGUACCAGAACAUGUUCAUGUUUCGUGCAUCGUUGGACUUGAAGUUGAUCUUCGUCGACGCGAACGUGUCACAAUUGACCGAUCCACCGGACCUCAUCGAGAAGACGCUGUACCAUUAUGUGCACGGAUGCGACAUGAUGCAGCUGAGACACGCGCAUGGGACGCUAUUGUACAAGGGGCAAGUGAUAACCAAGUACUACAGGUUUCUCACGAAAUCCGGAGGAUGGGUCUGGAUGCAAUCGUACGUCACGAUUGUGCACAAUUCCCGAAGCUCUCGACCACACUGUAUCGUGUCGGUCAACUACGUGUUGACGAAACCUGAGAACACAGAUUUGCUGUUGAAUUGCGAGCAAAAGUCGUAUUGCUCGAAUCCAAGCAAUCCGCCCAGCACCCCUUUGACGACACCGAUCACCAGCGGAACCGUCAACGAGUUGGACAAUCACAGCCCCAGUUCACCAGCGUAUCGAAGUAGAUCGAAAGAAUCACCCGAUAACGAUUACGCGAACGGUGGCACGUAUCCUAGACCGGAGUAUAUUGACCUGACGAAUCACAAUCAGUAUCUAUCGCCCUCUUAUCAACCCCAGAACGUAAACAGCAGCUCUCACGAAGAUAAUCUUAAAUACAACUCCGACUGGUUUUACCAAUAUGGAGACAUACAUCAAGAUUCUCUCGCAGCAACGAUACCGCAGCAACAAGAAGCGCAGCAUCCGCACCCUCUGCACCACGCCAACUCCCCGUCGAAUCUGCAACAGCACAGUCCCCAGAACGCUCAACAGAAGCAUCAACACUCCCCUCAUCUACUAGAUCAUCCAACGCCUCCAGCAAGCCUGCCGCAAGCUCAACCGCAACCGCAACCGCAACCGCAGCAACAGCAACCACCGCCGCAACAGCAACAGCACAGCCCUCAAAGUAGCCAACAGAACAGACCUUACUCUACCUCGUCGAGUUCCUGUUGCAGCACAGACGCCAUGGAUAAUCAUUUGCCGAGCCCUCUGAGUGUAUAUUCUUUGCCACACGGUUACCACCCUUACUACCACCACUACAUGCCCGACUCGGCCCCGUCUAAUUUAAACGAGGUCGGUGGCGUGAUCAUGUACCCUAAUUGUAGCCUUAACAACGAGGCGCACAACCCCGCUGCGAGCACCAGUAACUCGAACAACGUCCAGCAUUACGAGUCCUCGUAUCAACCCCACUUGAGCCAUUACAACACCAACAACAAUCCUACCAAGCACUCCUAUCAUCAUCAUCAAGAAGCAACGCCAACCAGUUACACAAGCGUGAUCGUAGACUCGCAACAGUACAGUCCAAGCUCUGUACAGGAUCUGAUCCAUUAUCAGCAUCAUUACGAAGCGCAUCAUCAGUUCGUUCACUGACACCAGCUAGACGCGGCUUGCGCAUAGCACGUCGACACCAAUUGCAACCACGACUCGCUGUGCUAUUGUGAUACGUCGUCCGAGGGAAACUAUCCUGGGGCAGAUAACGAUUUUAUGGAAGAACGGUCGAACAUCGUGGUCGAUCAACAUGGUGAUAAUGCGAGGAUUACGGGGAACGAUGAACACGAGCAGGUUGUACAGGUGAAGGCCAAGAUUUGGUACUUUAAACCAUCGGAUUUCUGGAAAGUAAUGACUGGCUUGUAUUACACUGAAAACUCGUGAACUCGUGAAGUGAGAAUUAGAACACGUAAAGUGG